AUGCCGGGAUCACGUUUCUACAUUGGACAUGACGUAUUUACCCCUAGCAACUACGUGGAAGACUCAAGAGUAAGGAAGGGUAACCAAAACUUUGAGCCGGAGAAGAAGAAGGAAGUAGAGAGGAUGAGCGUAAUGAAGAGCUGUUUCGUGUUCAUGAUGGGAACGGCUUAUGGAGUAUACGUCGCGCAGAAUUACAACGUUCCAGAUAUUAAGAAGCUCACAAACACUGGUCUCGUCAUCGCCAAGCACAUCGAGGAGAAUUAUCGGAAACCCAAGAAGGACGAUGUGAAUUGA